AUGGGAUCAUCAUUUUCGAACUUGGACAAAUCCUGGGGAUGUACAAGUUUUGGGGCUUCUAGUAGCAAAAGCCAUCGGAAGGAAUCAACUGGACUUUGUCGUUGUCCUAAAAACUAUCCUCCUGGCUAUACUUUGCCUAGCCCUUCAAGGACCAAGACCAGUUCACUGCCAAUAAAUGAACCGUCCAAUUGUGUUAUCACGAGUCUAACCUCUGUCAAUACAUACAACUGUACUUGUAAAAGCUCUGUAGCGCAUCAUCAUUUAAACUCCGAUACACAUCCCUCUAAUACAGACAGUGGAUUUCACUCGCGUGUUUUCAAUUCUCAAGCAUUUAUACCAAGAGACCCAAGUAUUUCUGUAAGGGUUUCCCUCCCGAAUUCUAUCAGCAAUCGAGAACAACUUUGCACUGACCAGUCACAUUGUUUGAAUGGAGUCGGGAAGUGUACUAACGAUAAUGGAGCUAGAAAAAAGAAUGCAUUUACCAAUCUUUCAACAUCUACUGAUUAUGCUAUCGAACAAUUUCGAAACCUUAUAUCCUCUUGGUCAUGUAAUGAGUUAUGCUGUCUCUAUCUGGAAUAUGAAGCACUAUACGAAUUCCAACUUUUAUGGAAGGAUGCAAUUAAAACUCGAUUGAGGGCUCCUACUCUUAAAGAUGAUCUGUCUUCUUUAGCACAGCAUGGCUGGUGUUUCAAUAUAUAUCUUAUUCAUAAUGAUUAUGCCCGUGAAGCCCACUCAUACAUAUUGGCAUCACGUUUAAGUGCAUUCGACUGCUUAAUUCAGUGUGUCGUACAAAAGCCUAUACAUGUUCGAGUGAAUCAACUGAAUCUCCAUAUUCGAAGAUUGAUACUUUUAGUACUCCUGUUACAUCAACUUUUUCGAAUAAAUUAUCAUUUUCAAACAAUCCUUCCAUGA